ACUGCUGUGCCCAGAUUUAAAUGUGUAUAUAGCAAAAUUAAAUAAAGAAGGAAAAUCAUAAAACCAUAUUGCAGCUAAAUAACCAUGCAAUUUAUUAUUAAUUAGUGCAGAAUGGGUCCAUUUUUACAGCUGUGCCUUGUAGGCUCACAGUGACGGCUCUGUCAAAAACAUGCAUUAUAAUUCAACAUGAACAAGAGAGCAUUUCACAGAAGAAGGAAAAAAAUAUUAGUUCAGCAAACAGAGCGCUGACACCCCCUCGGGUUUGGAAUGUGGACUUCCGAAGCUGUGGCCUCAUUGGCUGUCCCAAAGAAGUUUGUUCCGUUUCCCCCCAGAGGGGUGCAGCGGGGAAUGUUGCAGUAAGAAGUCAUUUCUCACUUCACCUGGCCUGAAGAUGGACAAGCUGGGCUGCCUGAUUGUGUUUUCUGUCUCUUUUGGACUUCUGCACCAAGCUGCACGCGCAGUUCGUAUGGAGAAACUGGCAGACAGAAAAAUAUGUGCAGACAAGUACUGCUCAUAUGUGAUCUCAGCGGCUGAAGCUCUGGAGGACUACAUAGCUUCGGACUGCAGGUUCAUUAACCUGAAGAAAGGCCAGAUUAUUUAUGUUUAUUCCAAACUUAAGCCUGUAGAGGGAGCUGGAGUCUUCUGGUAUGGAAGUGUUUAUGGUGACCACUACGUGGACCAGAUGGGCAUCAUCGGCUAUUUCGCCCGCAACCACGUUAAUGAGACACAGAUUUUUGAGAAGAAAACUAUUGAGAUGCCCACAACGGACAUGGACUUCUUCUGUGCUUGAAUAGGAGAGAAAGUGUGGCUGAAACCGAAGAAACGUGCUGGAUCCUGCUUUGCUUUCUUUAGUAAGAGAAUUAUAAGCUCACUAUAUGAUACUCUUACCUUCAGCGUUCAGUAAACUUAAAUGUUGGCUUAACUGUGCAUUGAAAAGAUGGGAGUGUUUGUAGUGUUAUCUACCAUAUCUGAAAUCUGACCAGAACAAUAUCAUGGAUAUGCUGUUAAAGAUUUGAGAAAAAAUGAACAAGAUGUCUGUUUGUUUUUUCCUUGAAUGAUGACUUGUUCAAGAUCUGGCCACCUUAACUGGGUUUUAUUCCCACAGAUGAUUAUAAAAUAGCACUUAAUGAACCCAAGCAUUCAUUUUUUUGAUGUUUUUCCCUUUUGAACUGUUCAAAGUCAGGUUCAGUUCAGGAAGCCACUGAACAUAAAUGUACAAUGUAUUUACAUGUUUUGCUCUGGGAUGGAUUUGGGGAAAGUGUGUGGGUGUUAACGGGCCGGUAAUCUACAUUUUCUUGUACUUUAUUUUUUUUGCAGAAGUCCACUAUUAAUGUUUGUGUUGGUUUAUGUAGAAAACAGUUGUAAUUCAUUUUUACAAUCUCAGAACAGGGUGCAUAAUGUUACUUUUAUUUUCAACACAUACGAUGCUAUGAGACAGUUCAUGUUGUGGAUUGCUGGGAUAUGUAGUUUUGUAACCACAUUUUAGUGUUGCAAUUGUCUAACAGAGGGUCUCUGAAUAUUAAACUUCUAUUUUAGCUUCUUUAAGCUACUUCAUACAUUAAAGGGCCCAUAUCCUA